CUGAGCCUCCAGCACACUGUGUGCUCCUCAGGAUGUUCUUGAGAGCUGCCUCGACAGUGAAAAUGUGCGGUAAGAUCGCCAACUGGAGAGCGGCGAUGUGAAAAAUGCGGUUUGAAACCGUUGCGUGUCAGGGGGGUACCUGCAGCUCGUCGAGCGAGGAGUCGACGGUAUGGUGGCCGUCUUUCGUGGCCGGUGGCGGCCGAAGGGAGAGGAGGAGAACGGCGAUGCACGGCUGGCGGCCUUCAAGAUCCUCAAGAUACUGCCGCCUGAUGCGCUAGAAGGCGACCCCGUCCUCAAGAGCCGCUACGAGAAGAGCCUGCUGGGGCUGAGGCGAGAGGACUCCAUGAUGACGGAGCAUGGCGGGAAGGGGCCCUUCCUGAGGCGUUUUGAGGCUGAACUGGAUGCAGAGGCACCUGCCUUCUUGGAGGAGGGAGACGCAGAGAAGGCGUGCAUCUUUGUGGCGUUCCCCUGGCUGUCUGGUAUGCCAACAAUAAGACACUUACUUGGCAUGCAAACCGCCUGUCUGUCCAUUGGUAACGAUUCCUUUUGGUGCAGAAAACUACAGCAACGCGUCUACCUUCUUUGCCGAGCACAGCAUCCCCCGCAUCAUCAAGGAGACUUGGAUCCCACUGGACCCAAUGCUCGCCGAGGCUGGGCUGAGGGACCUUACCUACAGCAUCCGCAUGGCCAUCAGGGGCCUGCUCCACCAUUUGCGAGUGCACAAGACAGCCUUCCACGACUUCAACAGCCUCGCUCAGGACAAUCUCGUCAAGGAUAUCUUUACCGACGAGCAGAUCGCCAAUCCAACUGCCGGCCCCCUCCCUCCCCCUUCCUUACCCUUCAGCGCAAUGGCCGGCGGUCGGAUGAUCGACCUGGCCAUGGACAUUGUGCUGAGGGGCGAGACACAGCGGUCAUUUACCGUCAGGGGGGAUCCUGCUUUGUCCGCAGCGAAGGAGGAGAUGCCAAAAGAAGACUUCUCAAGACUGCUGCGUAAGAGGAGCCUCGAGCGAGCCGUCAGGUGGCAAAAGGCCCUUUGCAGCCUCUACGACAUAGACACCAGCCUGCCUGUGGUGCGCAAGGACUUCGAGUACAUCAGCACCCUUGAAGGACACAAGCUGAUGGGCUGGGUCUUGGAGUAG